CCUAUUGGAGUAUGCGUCCCGGUGAAAAAGACGGUUGUACGUGGGAUCAGUUCAAGGAGCUGAUCCGAGAAAAGUAUUAUCCCUCGUAUUACCGAGCAGACAUGGAGCGCCAGUUCUUGGCACUCACUCAGGGUACUCGUACUGUUGACGAGUACGAACGAGAAUUCAUCCAUCUCGGAGCCUUUGUACCAGAUCUUGUAGGUACGGAAGCAAAGAGAGCCCACCAUUUCACCGACGGACUUCGCCCAGCAGUCCGCCACAACAUCGUAGGCCACGGCGUCCAGACCUACGCCCGAGCAGUUGCCAUUGCCCAAGAAGUCGAUGCCAGUAUCCGACGUGAAGCCGUCCAGACACCAGCCCAGCCAGUUGCUCAGCCAUCAGCCCAACCUAAAGUAGCCCAACCAUCAACAAACCAGAAGAAGAGGAAGCUCAGAGGGGGCUCAGAUAACCGGAGGACCCGUACCAGACAAUAUCCAGAAUGCCCAACUUGCGGGAAACACCAUCGUGGAGAAUUCCUCGUAGGCCAGAAUGUUUGUUUCUUUUGCCGCCAGCUAGGUCACUUCAGCAACAACUGUCCAGAACGACUGCAACAACAACCGCAACAAC